UGAGUUUUGAGUUGUUGUUGAUUUGGAUUAAAAUUAAUUCAUUGAGACAAUCGAGUAAUACAAUAAUUUAGUUUGUUUUCGAUUGCAUUCAUCUGUCAUUUGUGUUUCUGAAAGCAUCAUCUCUCUAAAAAGUUACAAAAACAUUUAUCUACACAAAAAUGUCUAUCCACGAUACUUAUGUGACUUUUCCAUGUGUCCGAGCUCUCCUGUUUCUUUUCAACAUUGUUUUCUGGUUUUGUGGACUGGCAAUAGUAUGGGCUGGUAUCUGGCUUCACACUGACUUGCAAAAUUACUUAAAAAUCAGUCCAGAGUAUUCAACAGCUCCACCGAUGGUUUUGGUCACUAUUGGAACAAUUAUCAUUUUAGUAGCAACUCUAGCUUGUACUUGCAUUGUUAAAGUUCAACAAACCUUACUUGUAAUUUACGGUGGAUUCCUGAUUGUGAUCCUUUUCACAGUUAUUACAGUAUCAGCGUAUAUUUACACUUAUAAAGAUAAUGUGAUUGGAGGACUUGCCGAAGGCAUACAAUUUGAUAUCGACUACUAUGGAAUUCCUGGAGCAAAUAAAACAAAGCUUAUUGAUUACAUCCAGAAAAAUCUUGAAUGUUGUGGCAGAGAAAGCUAUAUGGACUGGGAAGAAAGUAAACAUAUAACUGCUCCUGAAUCUUGUUGCAGGGCACCAUUAUCUGAAUGCAAUGUUGUCGAUCCAUAUUACCUUUACACAAUUGGUUGCAUGCCAAAAUUACAAACUUUGAUAAAUAACAAUUUAUCAUUGAUUGGAGCUUCAGCAUCAGCGAUAGCAAUGUUUCCAUUAUUUGGAACAAUGUUGACAUUUUGUUUAGCAGCGACGACAAGGAAACAUGGUUAUGAGCCAAUUAUACAGUAGCGGCCCACAAUUGAGCCACAAUAACCAUACACCAUACAUUAUGUAUUUCGAAAAUGUAUGGAAAAGCAUUUGACUGAGUUGGAUUAUGUUUUUAAGUUUUAUUCUUUUUAUGAAUAAUUAUGUAUAAUUUGGAUCCAAUUUAUUAUAUAGCUUUAAUUUAUAUAUAUGUAUUGUUUUUAUA